AUGUUCAAGCGCGAUGGAAGUGCCGCCGCAGAGGGGCGCCCGCUGCUCGCGCGCUCCGCCGGCUCCUCCGCGGGCUCGGCGACCAGCUCCAGGCGCGUGCGCAUCAACCGCUGGCAGAGCCUCAACGCCCCGCAGUACUACGAGGGCGUCUACAACACCCUACUCAGCUACGCUCCGGCCAGCGUCGUGGCGUUCGGCGGACUGGCGCUACUGAUCGGCGUGCUGGUGCUCGUCCACACACAGCACCUCGUGGCCACUGCGGACAUCCCGCGCAGCUCUCUGGGCACGACGAGCCCCCUGUGGUUUGAGCAGCGCAUCGACCACUUCUCGUGGCUGGCCGCUGAAGCGUUGGACCCGUCGAACGCCGGUGCGGCUCCUAGCGGCCUGCCAGCCACGUACAAGCAGCGAUACCUGUUGAACACUCAGUUCUGGGACCCGAAGGACAAAAAGGCGCCCGUCUUCUUCUACACGGGCAACGAAGGCGACGUGACGCUGUACGCUAACCACACAGGACUGAUCUGGGAAAACGCAAAGGCUUUCAAGGCGCUGGUGGUGUUUGCAGAGCACCGCUACUACGGCAAGAGCUUCCCGUUCGGCGACAAGUAUAUGGACCAUUUGGCUUAUGUCACGCAUGAUCAAGCGCUUGCCGACUACACGGAACUUAUUUAUCAUCUCCAGAAGAAGUACGACGCGUUCAACCACCCCGUCAUCGCGUUCGGUGGCAGCUACGGAGGGAUGCUGUCAGCUUGGUUCCGCAUGAAGUACCCGAACAUCAUCGCGGGUGCUAUUGCCGCCUCGGCGCCCAUUUACGGCUUUGGAGGCUUUCCGGCUUUUGACGGCCAAAAGUACUGGCAGGUGGUCACACGCGAUGCAAGUCCUGCAGCAGGCUCCGCGGCCAACUGUGUGCCUAACGCAAAGAAGUCCUGGGCGCAAAUUUUCGAGCUGGCCAAGACGGAGGAUGGACGCGCUACACUUUCUUCGCUCUUUAGGUUGUGCACGCCAUUGGCAAGCGAAGAGCAGGGAGAAGACUUGGCGAUGUCGGUGCUGUUCGCAUUUGACACGUUGGCGAUGGGGGAUUUUCCGUAUCCGUCCAGCUAUCUUACUGGCGGAGCAGUCGACCUCCCAGCGUGGCCCGUGCGCCAGGCGUGCUCACAUUUGGCAGGUGAAUUCCCCACGCCGUCUCUCCGAAAAGAUGGCGUGGAUACAACGCUGCUGGAGGCUCUCCGCAACGCGGCCAACGUGUUCCACAACGCCACCAAGGACCUGGCUUGCUUCAAGAUCCCCACUCUAUGGGACUACGACGGAAUCUGGGACUACCAGUACUGCACUGAAAUGCUGCCACAGGAGACGUACUUCAGCACAAAUGGCGAGACGGAUAUGUUCUGGCCGCGCAACACCACGUUCGAGGAGAUCCGCGCGCACUGCCAGCGCGACUGGCACACGACACCCGAUCAGGACGGCAUUCGCGUGAGCUACGGCGAUGAGAUGCUGCGUUCGGCCUCGAACAUCGUGUUCAGCAACGGUCUGUUGGACCCGUGGAGCAGCGCCGGCGUGCUGCACGCCCCCAAGGACGCCAAGGUGACGAUCGUCGAGAUCGCGGAGGGCGCCCACCACCUGGACCUGUUCUUCAGCCACCCGAAGGACCCCCCGUCGGUCAUUGCCGCUCGCAAGACCGAGGUUAAGAUGAUCCACCAGUGGAUCGACGAGUUCGUAGCGUACAAGUAAGUAGAUAAGCGCCACCGGGUGAAACGAAGUUGAAGCUGAU